AACAGUGAUAGAGAAGGGAAAACCGAUGUUACAAGACACAAUAAAAAACAUGUGCCGCGGCGGCCGCCGCAUUCCCAAGUGCUUUAGAAUGGCGGACUUGGGUUGCUCCUCCGGGCCAAACGCCCUGCUCCCGACCAUCAACAUGAUGGACGCCGUGAGGGAGGCUUGCCCGCCGGAUGCCGACCUGCCGGAAUUCCAAGCCUUCCUCAACGAUCUCCCGGACAACGACUUCAAUGCCAUCUUUCGGUCGAUCCCGAAUUCCCUUGGCCCGGACAAAAACCACAAAUGUUCGGUAGCUGCGGUGGCCGGAUCGUUCUACAACAAACUCUUCCCCUCCAAUUCCCUCCACUUUGUUCAUUCCUCCUACAGUCUUCAUUGGCUCUCCCAGGUUCCGGAAGGGAUUGAGAAGAUGAACACGAGGGACAUAUACAUAGGCGAGUCGAGUCCGACCGAAGUGGUUGAGGCUUACGUGAAGCAGUACGAGAAGGACUUAACGGCGUUCCUACGUUACCGUGCCGACGAGCUAAAACCGGGCGGCCGGAUGGUUCUGGUUCUUCUGGGCCGGGGCACGCCUCUUCACACUGGGACCCCUUACCUAGUGGACCCCUUAACUGAAGCCCUUCUCCAGUUUGUUUCCGAGGGUUUGAUCGAGGAAGAAAAGCUGGUCUCCCUCAACGUGCCUUCUUACUCGCCGCACAAGGACGAAAUGAAGGAGAUAAUAGAAAAGGAGGGGUCCCUCACACUUGAUCGGUUGGAAGUCACGGAGAUGAAUUGGGAUAAUAUUACCGGUGCUGCCGUUGCGGAGGAAGACGACGGCAGUAAUGGGUCGCCGGCGGCGAAAUUCUUGACGAAGACGAUCAGGGCCGUGAUGGAGCCGAUGGUGGCCGCCCAUUUCGGAGAGUCCGUAGUCGACCCUCUGUUCCUCAGAUAUGAACAGCUCGUCGCCCGCCGAUUGGCCGCCGCCGACGACGAGAAGAAGAAUCUCAAGUUCUGGAAUCUUUCCCUCUCCCUGACCAAGAAGAGCAAUUAAUUAACAGUCUUGGAAAAUUUAUUAUAUUUUAGUAAAUUACCCUUAAUUAAUUUCCUUCCAAAGUUUGAACUCGGUUAUAAAUAUACAGAAUUAUA